AUGGACGCAUACUACCUCACGACGCUGUCGCACAACCUAGCCAAUGACCGACCUGUGGUGGCCCCACUUGAAUGUGCCUGGAGCCCAAUCGUACUUGAUCGACGCGGUCAACACCCGCGUGCAAUUGAUUUCCGCAUCGACAACAUUGUGGUCGACUUGUUUGCCCCGGCCUUGGCCAUCCAAAAAGAUUACUCCAACACGUUCACACUCCUCCGUGUCCAGUCCACAUAUGCGAUAUCGUUGCUGUACACGCGCCGCGCCGACUUGGAGACGAUCAUCCCCAUCCUCCGCUCCCCCAUGGCCUCCCCCGACAGCCUCUUGACGCAGUACUGCUGGCUCGACUUUAACAAGGCGUGGGAGACCGUCCAUACCGACGCCCGGCAAGCGCGAUACCGCGACCGAUACAGAUUGAACACGGCCGCGACGCUGUGGCGGGCCAGCGGCUUGACGUACUUUCACAUUUCGUUCCAAAACUUGUUUGCGGUGGGGGUUGUCGACUCGAUGGCCGUUGUGAACUUGUUCGAGAUGGCGCAGCGGCUGACGUUGAAAUGA